AUGGUGGUCCACAUAGCUUAUGUGGAGAAACACUAUUAAUAGGAGGAGUUUCAGUUUUUGGAUAGUAUACCAUAAUUUCUACAUAAUAUACACUUCCACCUCAUUAUUCUUUAAAAAUAACUCUAAAUUUUUGGAAGUAUUAUAUUUAUUGAAAUUUUGAAUUGA